AUGGAAUACACAGAAGUGCCCAUUGACACCCAAACACAAUCGCAAAACUACAUUCCACAAAACUCGUACCCGAUACCGCCACAAAAUGCACAUUAUCAAGUAGUGCAGCAAGUACAAACAAUACCAUUGGUGACACAGAACAGUUCUCAAGAAGACACACACAUAGUUACAAAAGUGUUGUAUUUGAUUGGGUGGGUCUUUCCAGUCAUAUGGAUGGUGCAGCUGUUUUUCAUCUUUUCAUCAAAUCAGAGUAUCAAGAUAUGGGGGUAUCGAGCACUUUCUGCGUUGUUAUUGUAUGGGUUUGUUGCCUUCAUGUCGUGUUAUUUAGUAUUUCAGUCUGCGUACUACAACUGUUAUUAUGACAGAUAUUGA